GCGCGCACUGUGCUUGACGUGCUGCUUCCCAGAGAACGGCGAAGAAGAAGAAGUUAGAAAAAUGGAGGUGCAUCGACCUCAGAAGCGAGCAUCCUCCAGCGACGUCGUUUCAAAUGCCACGAUCCCGCUCUAUCUUACAGCUCCACCGAUGGAAGUCCGAUUAGAAGAGUUCGAGCUCUUCGCCAUAGAUCGCCUACGAGUUCUGAAAGCAGUCUCAGAUGGAUUGGCCCGUGGAAAAAACCCUAAGGAAAUGGACAAUCUGGUAGACAAUUCGUGGAAAGAACAUAUGACAGUUCCUGAUGUGUCUGAAAUGUUCAACAAGGAUAUAAUCUCACACUUCGUUCUACGUCUCGUUUAUUGUAGAUCGGAUGAACUGAAGAAAUGGUUUCUUAGCAUGGAAACUGCUCUUUUCCGCCAUAGAUUCCGGCUUCAAAAGCCUGAAAGUUUGAAGGAGAAAUUGCGGCAAGUCGAACGUUCACUGGGUCAAAAUUCACCUGACAUUGAACCCAUAUACUACAAGGUUCCUUUUGAAGAGGUUCCUGACCUUGUCGCUGGCCGGAGAGUAUUUAUACAGAAAGGGUAUGCCUUUGUUGCUGGAAGUCAGUUGGUCUCUCUUGUUGUCACACAAUUUCGAUCUCACUUAUCAAAGGCCCUGAUUCUGACAAACAGAAAGUGGACGACUACUAUUCGAGAACGAGAAAAAGACAGACUUACUCCAAUAGUAGAAGGCUUAUCUACAAGCUACUUGGGUCCUGAUUAUUCUCAGUCAAAUGAGUACGCUGACAUAUCACUCAAGGAUAUUGAUCAAGUUGCCAAGAGUUCGUUUCCACUUUGUAUGAGGCAUCUGUUUGAAAAACUUCGAGAAGACCACCAUCUAAAACAUGGAGGAAGAAUGCAACUGGGUCUAUUUCUGAAGGGUGUGGGUCUGAAGCUGGAUGACGCCUUAGCAUUUUGGAGAGCAGAGUUCACUAAAAAGGUUGGCUCUGAGAGAUUUGAUAAAGAAUAUGCGUACUCCAUUCGCCAUAACUAUGGGAAAGAAGGAAAGAGAACAGAUUAUACACCUUAUGCUUGUCAAAAGAUAAUUUCAUCUGCUCCUGGUGUUGGUGAUCAUCAUGGCUGUCCUUAUCGACAUUUCAGUGAGGAUAACCUGAGAGCAGCACUUGGAAGAAUGGGAUUGAGUUCUCGUGGAAUGGAAGAUGUUAUGGAUAAAGUGCGGAACAAACAUUAUCAGCUUGCAUGCACCUUGACCUUUGAAGCUGUUUACGGUACAUCGUGUGAUGCUGGUAUCAACCAUCCGAACCAAUACUUCGAGGAGAGUCAGAAGAUUUUGAAAUCCAAGACGCCAACUGCUCCGGUUUAAUCUUUGUAUGGUUCAAUACCCCGAUGUAGUAAAACUAUGAAUCUGUGUGACAUACAGAAAAACAUUGAAAUCUAAAGUUGAUGCAAAAGCUGUUUGAUGAUGAUAUAACCAUUUUUUAAAAAGAUGAGCAUAUUUUAAUUAUUUUCGUUGGGGUUGUACGUAUCAAAAUUUUGGCGUCAAUUAAUUUUUCAACACA